CCUCCCAGGUCCCUGGGACGCUGGAAGCGGGUCCGAUGUAUUUUGCCGAGAUCCAGUGGGCUCUGCUGGACCCCGCACCGAGGCCCGUUUACAGAGACAUGGUUCCGGAGAACUACGGGACGCUCCUUUCUCGGGAUGGCGGGAUGACGAACCCAACCAGGCAGCAGGGAGGCCCCCCGCCGGCACCAUCCCACGGGACAUUACCAGGGCUUAGAGCCGACGGGAACGUCUACCCCACCCCAGGCCAUACGGCCGCCUGCCAGAGCCAGGUCCGGCCAGCGGGGAAGCCAUGGAGCAAAACGGCAGGCGAGAGCGGGGGCUUGAAGAAACCCAAAGAAGGCGCCGCCGCCCUGCAGCGUAUCCUGGCUCCGCAUCUCCCCCAGCCAGCGGGGAGCCAGCCCGUGUGCACCCAGUGUGGGGGGAGUUUCGGCCAAAGCGGGCGCCCUGCCCAGCUGCCCCCCCAGCCGCGGGUGCCGGCGGCGGAGAGGUUCCAUCAGUGCCCCGACUGCGGGAAGGGCUUCUCCGUGAGCUCCCACUUGACCAUCCACCGGCGGGUCCACACGGGGGAGAAGCCCUACCGGUGCGGGGAGUGCGGCAAGAGCUUCAGCCAGAGCUCCACCCUGGUGCUGCACCGGCGCACCCACACCGGCGAGAAGCCCUACCAGUGCCCCGAGUGCGGGCGCAGCUUCGCUGUCAGCUCCCACCUGGCCAAGCACCAGCGCACCCACACCGGGGAGAAGCCCUACCAGUGCCACCAGUGUGGGAAGCAGUUUAGCCAGAGCUCCACCCUCAACCUCCACCAGCGGACCCACACCGGGGAGCGGCCGUACCGCUGUGCCGAGUGCGGCCGGGGCUUCUCCGUCAGCUCCCACCUCACCAUCCACCGGCGGAUCCACACGGGGGAAAAGCCCUACCGCUGCGGCGAGUGUGGGAAGAGCUUCCGGCAGCGCUCGGGCCUCAUCACUCACCAGAGGAGCCAUGCGGUGCAGAGACCCUACAAAUAAAGUGGGUGCUGGUCCCUUUAAGAGGAGGCGGGGCCAGCAGCAGCUGGGCCAGCUUGGUUGUCAGUCACAUGCUCUGGGCGUGGCUACAGUGAAGCCUACCCACUCUCUCUUAAAGGGGCUGCAGACCCUAUCACCGGCCCAGUGUUGCCAAACAUUGUGCGGGGGGGAGGGGGUUGUUUUUAGAACAGGCCGGCCUACAGGAUAAGGCACUGAGCUGGCUUUCAGGAGACCUGGGUUCUCUUCCUAGCCCUGCCCUGCUGCAAGUCAUGUCCCCUUUCCGUGCCUCAGUUUCCCCCAUCUGCAAAGGUAUUGAUCCUAAAGUGCUUUGAGACCUGCUGAUGAAAAGCACUCGGUAUCAUUAUUCAUUGUUUUUUGUCUGGAAAAUUGGGUUUCUGAUCCAAUAAAAUGUGUCUGGUUCCUGCAGAAAAUGUAAAGUUUUCUCGCAGAAAAAAUCACCGUCAAAACCUGAGUUUUUUCUGAUUUGAAAUGCUGCCCCACUGCUUCAUGAAAACUGUAGUGCAAUUUUUCUCCUCAUUCUCCAUUCUAGGCGGAGCUCCUUAGUUGGAC